CUGAGCCAGGAGGUGAAAUCAGCCCAAGGGAAAUCGAAUCCACCUGCAGCACCAUGAACUCCACCCACUACCACGGGAUGCACACUUCUCUCCACUUCUGGAACCGCAGCACCUAUGGACUGCACAGCAAUGCCAGUGAGUCCCUUGGGAAGGGCUACUCAGAUGGAGGGUGCUAUGAGCAACUUUUCGUUUCUCCUGAGGUGUUUGUGACUCUGGGUGUCAUCAGCUUGCUGGAGAAUAUUCUAGUGAUCGUAGCAAUAGCCAAGAACAAGAAUCUGCAUUCGCCCAUGUACUUUUUCAUCUGCAGCCUGGCUGUGGCAGAUAUGCUGGUGAGCGUUUCCAAUGGGUCAGAAACCAUUGUCAUCACCUUGCUCAACAGUACGGAUACCGACGCACAGAGUUUCACAGUGAAUAUUGACAAUGUCAUUGACUCAGUGAUCUGUAGCUCCUUGCUUGCCUCAAUUUGCAGCCUGCUUUCCAUUGCAGUGGACAGGUAUUUUACUAUCUUCUAUGCCCUCCAGUACCAUAACAUUAUGACAGUUAAGCGGGUUGGGAUCACCAUCAGUUGCAUCUGGGCAGCCUGCACAGUUUCAGGCAUUCUCUUCAUCAUUUACUCAGACAGCAGCGCUGUCAUCAUCUGCCUCAUCACCAUGUUCUUCACCAUGCUAGCCCUCAUGGCCUCUCUCUAUGUGCACAUGUUCCUCAUGGCCAGACUUCACAUUAAGAGGAUCGCUGUCCUCCCGGGCACGGGCACCAUCCGCCAAGGCGCCAACAUGAAGGGGGCAAUCACCUUGACCAUCCUGAUUGGGGUCUUUGUUGUCUGCUGGGCCCCCUUUUUCCUUCACUUAAUAUUCUACAUCUCUUGUCCCCAGAACCCAUACUGUGUGUGCUUCAUGUCUCACUUUAACUUGUAUCUCAUUCUGAUCAUGUGUAAUUCAAUCAUCGAUCCUCUGAUUUAUGCGCUCCGGAGUCAAGAACUGAGGAAAACUUUCAAAGAGAUCAUCUGCUUCUACCCUCUGGGAGGACUCUGUGAUUUCUCUAGUCGAUAUUAAAAGGGG